AUGAUCGACGAGCUCAUCCACAGCUGCAUCGAGCAGAUUGGUCUCGAUGGCGAGGCAGGCACCGACAUCGAUCGCUUCGCCGACUUCAUCCGCCAAUAUCAUACCGAACACUCGUCCCGCUCCCAAUAUCCGGACCAGCUCGUUGAUGCCUCUUACCUGGCUUUCGUCUUUCGGCAACUCCUCGGCCAUCCGCACGUCCACAUCGGCCUUGUUGUCCAAGGAGUGCCCCUUCAAAGUGGUGCAAAGAGCGGCAUCUUGAAGAGAAAGUCGUCUUCUCUCGACAGUCCUGCAGGCAAGAUUCAGUCCGAAACCAGCACCACUGCCUCGCCAGAGUUUGACUCGGUUGAGCUCCUACCCGACCAGGCCCUUGCAGAACAGCAGGGUCUCGCCGAGCUCCAACGAAUCCAUGGUCAACGUCUUCGACUCGUCUUGCAGACGCCCGUCAUCAAACGACUCUUGGUCGGCUCCGAAAGCAUCUACCUGCCUCCAUCCGCCUUUCGCGUUCUCCAGAUCAUCUCUCGAUCUAGGGAGACGCCCGUGCUGAGCAUCGACAUUGGCACAGCCAUGCACACCGACCAGAAAACUGUCUUCUACAUGUGCAAGCGUCUCAUCGACCAUCACCUCGUCACCAAGAUCAAAGCUCGCGAGACUGGUACCGUCGCAAGCUACUUCGUCGCCACGCGCUUCGAGGACCGUUGCGACAUUCUCAUCCAGCAGAGGAACGCCGACAAUGCUGCAGACCGGCAACACUCGAGCUUGGCGUCUUUGGCUACCGUCCAAUCUUCCUCCUCCAGUCUCGACGCUGUAAAGUCAACAGACGACAACGACGAAAUCGAAGCCGGGUUUGACGCAGAACUCGAUCAAGAUGACGACGACGACGACGACGAUGGUGAUGCCCAAGCUCAGGGCGCGCCGACCGUCACAGUCAAGGAAGAGGAAGUGCAACGCGUUCCCGAAGCUGGCAAACGCACAUAUGUGUCCACUCUGUCGUCUGCACCCACCUUUGAACGCGUCGACGCCGCCAAGGCCCUCGUGUGGAUGAACAGUCGCCCCGAGCUUGUCCGCUUCCGCAUCUACCUCAUCUGCAAUUCCACCUCGUCCAAGGUCACAGCCCGCCUGGGUCUGUUGCACCGUAUCAACCUCGCUCUUGCUCGUGACAAAAAGAAGGCUUUGCUCCUGGUCCUCGAGCGAGCCGUUGUCGAUGGCUUCCUUGAAGUUGUCAACAUCCAGGUCUCGAGCACCGGUCGAUCCCAUCGAGGUCUUCGGAUGACGUCCAAGGGUCUCGAAGAGAUGCACGAAAUGAUGCGUGGCGAUUACGGCGAUGCCACCAUGCUGCAAGAGCAAGUCAAGGCUGCUAACCUCAAUGCAAAGCUCCAGCAGGAUCUCAGCCGGACCGAGCCCGCCUUGCCCCGCGAGGUCACCUUGGAACGUCAUGUCCACGAACUAAUCGCGCGCGCCGGUCCUGCUGGACGCACCAUCUCUCAGCUCAUGGCCAAGCUUCACGCUACUGGCCACUUUGCACGCGCCCUCGACCAGAUUGCUCAGCGAGCCGACGACGCCAAUGGCGAACCUUCCAUGAGUGACUUGCAAGUUCGCAGCUUCCACGAACACAAACUCCGCGUUCGCAGCACAAAGAUGUACAGCUACCACGCAUGGGUGCUCCAAUCCGCCAACGAGGGUCUGCUUGAUCCCGACGAUGUCCAACUCCUCGCCUCGGCCGGCGGCUCUUCCUCCUACCAUCGCAAGUCCGCAGUCUGGACCGCUCCGGAUCAGGUUUCGCAGCACCUGGCGUCUCUGGGGAAGGAUGUGUACACACCCACUCCGGGAAAAGGUGCCAGACGGACCGGGCGUCCGCCGAAGAAACGCUCGCUCGAUGCCGACUCAGAUGCGCCACCGCCCAAACGAGGGCGUCCUCGAAUUCAUCCGCUUCCCGAUCCGGACACUCCGCCCGCAAAGCGCGGCCGACCGCGCAAGAACCCGGUCGAUUCUGUCGAUGCAGGUCCAGUUGAUACGCCCGCCGCGCAGUCGCCGGUGCCCUUGACUCCGCGCGUGAGGACUCUACGGUCGCGAGAGGCUCGCCAGGCCGAGUCGCCGGCGCUGGACAGCAGUCCUCGGAGCGAGACCAAUGUGGAUGCCGAUGUUUCGAUGGACGAAGAUGCCACGACUGUGGUUCCGGACUCUCCCGCUGCAGGAGCUGCCUCGCGUCGCAGCAAUCGCCGUGUGAUCUCACGCGGAGGUCAGACCAGAACCGCAUCGCUGCUUUCGACUCCCGCUUUCACAGCCGCUGCAGAAGAGCCUGUGGCGUCUCAGGUCGAACAAGAGGCUGUCGCCGAGCCAUCUGUUGCAGUUUCAACAAUUACACAACAGCAAGAGGAGCAGACUGUAUCGCAAGAAGCUGCGCAGAGCGCGCACACCCAAGGGACUGGCACAGAGACCGUCAAAGAGACUGCCCAGGGACUGCCUCUUGUCGAUGUGUCUCGUGUAGGCGAUCUGAUGUCCGCGCCUACCGAGAUCAAAGCUGAAGCGCGGUCUGUUCUACCUACCACACCAGCCCCCAAAAAGCCUUCCGAUUCCACCGCUAUGCCCAGCACGUCGCACCGCAAGAGCCGCACCAAUUUGACGCAGCUCCGAAGCUCACACGCGCUUGUCCAGUGCAUUCGAGACGCCGGUGGUGCCAUGGAUGCGCUUCAGAUCCCAGAUUUGCUCACCGACUAUGUCGAGAAGCAUGGCUUCGCUUCAGAUGCACAGCUCUCCGACCUGCGAGAUAGGAAAGUCAGGGAAAAGGCGCUCGUGGCCGCCGUCGACAAUAACAUGCUCCGUCGCACCUUUAUCCGGCUCGAUCUCCCCAUCGCGCACCAUCCAAGGCGACAGAUCCUCUACCUCCCCGACCUACCCGCAGAGAAGCUACAGGCGUACUGUGAAGCUGUCAAACAAGGUCGCCUCGGCUGGUUUGGGACCAAAAGCGCAAAGACAGCGCUCAGGCAUGUCACAGACAGCGUUGCAAUUGCUUCGGUCGAAACACUACGUUUCGCUAAACCGUGGCAUGUUCAGGAUGCACUCCGUCUCGCUGACUUGCCCACGGACCAGGCACAGCUUUCGGUGCUGCGUCAAUCCUUCCGCGACGUAUUCAGCGUCUAUCGGCAGUAUUUCGGCUUCUUGAGCGGCGAGAUGCUGCGUCUCAAGGCCUUUCACCUGGCCUGCGCCAAGUUCAUCACCUUGCGACGUCAAGUCUCUUCCGAGGACGAUCACGGUGAAUCGCUCCCGCUGAGCUUCUUCUGGACCGACGCGCCUCUCGACCUCGUUUUGGGGUUCGUGCCUGUUGCCCCCGUGGCUGAAUCCAUCGAGACAAUGUUGCUCGAUCCUCAGCUGCGAUCCACGCCGGUUCGUGCUCUUCCGGAGGAGCUCAAGGCAAGUCUCGGCCUGUCGGACCGCGUCGCGGACGAAGUGUGCGUGUCGAUCUACAGCCUGGCUACGCAGCUGGCCGAUCUCGGCGUUGUUCAUCUGCGAGCCACAGAUGCUCCAGCAGACAAGAGCGGCAGCAGUCUGAACAUGUCCAAUGCCAUGGUCGAGCCUCUCCGUCGUCUUCCGCUCUACGACUGGCAAAGCGAUCAGCAACACAAGCCGCUCGUCGACUCAAUUGAAGCUGGCUUGGACGUCGACCGGAUCAAUCACUUCUGGGCUAGAGUGCAGGCCAUUUGUCUGGCAACACGCAGGAAACCCACUGCAGAAGGCAUUCAGAAGCUAGACGAUGCGGCUGUAGGCAAUGUCUUUCACGCUGGAUCUGGCGCCCUGGCCGAUAUGCCACCCCACAAGGCCGUAGCCGAGGAGCUCUCUGUGGUCAUGCACACGCACAAGACGUGGCGUCCGUACCAUCAACUACGUCCGUCGCAGGUCAAGUUUCUGUUCCGCAUCGACUUGCAGGACAUUCCUUUAGCGACGCAGGCCGACAUUGACCGGCUCGCGUAUGUGACGCUGGCCCCGCCGCACGUCGUGCGCACUGUGCUUCAGACGCGGCUGCAACGCGCAAACGAGUCUGUUUUGCCGGACGCACCCAACACCCGACGCCCAAAACCUCGCUUCACUUGGCCACUGAUGCUCAGCACAAUCACUCUACCCACGAGAGUCUACGAACCAGCUCGGGACAAUACCACCCCAGCCGCUGCACGUCCCGGCAGAAAGGCAGCGGCAAGGGUCGUACCCACUGCAGGCAGGCAAAUCCGCAUCAAGACGCAAGCCGAAAGGGAGCGGGAAGGGCGCAGGACAACGCUGACCAAAGCACGUCAGCUGCGUCAGCGACGCGAGCUAGACUUUCAAGCGAUGCUCGAGGAUGCUUUCCAAAACGCUCCAGCUGCACUUCACCUUCGAGCCAAGAUCGAGACUGCACUUUCCGUCAUUCGUCGCAAGUUUGUCGCCGGCGACGUCGUGUUCGAUACAAAUGCUGUUCAGGCCGCCAUCCAGCGAGCAAUUCGGUCCACAUCCGGGCUCAGUUCGAUGCCUGCCAUUCGAGCACCGUCGGGAGGCCGGCGCAAACGUCGGCAGAUGCCUACACCCGCUGAACAGGCUCGAGACUCUGAGGAAGAUGAGGACCAGUCCCAGCAAGCGGAUGGAGAUGCAGACGCCGGCAGUGGGAGACCCAAGAGAGAUCGUCGGGCGCGAAAGUUGGAUCAGGUCAACUUCUGGACACCUGCAAGGAAGGAGUUGCUGCGCGAUGCAGCCGUGAUCCUCCGCGUUCGCGACCAGGUGCGCGGGAGAUCCGACUGGUCCGCGCUGUUCCAGGUCAUCGACCGCCAAGAGUUCAACGCGACUCGAGGUGUCAUCAUGGCGCAAUGGCGAGGCCAGUACUACCGUAUGCGGGCUCACCACGGCGAAGAGUCCUACCUCGCCGCACUCGAAAGCCGAUGGAUCCCCGUAUACCUGUCUGCACGCGAGUCGGGCAUUUUGCAAGAUGACGAUUUCCCAGCUGCCUCCGGUUUUGAUCUGGUCGCACAGAUCGAGCUACUGCGUGCAAGGAUCGACAAAAACGAAGUGCAGCGUUCGCUCUCCAAGCCUGUUGCUCGGCAUCACCUUCCUCUGCAUCUGGGUGCCUCGACCGCAUUCACGACGAACUGGAAGGAAGAGUUUGUGCAGGAGCCCGUUGAGAGGCGCUUCGAGUCGUUUUUCGCGGGCGAGCUCGGUGUCGCGUCAAAGCGGUUCGAGACAUUGCUCUUUACGGCUUUCGGUGACGAAGAGGCGGCUUGGGGUGAUGCGGUGGAUGCGGUGGAUGCCAAGGUAGAGGAUCUGAUGGCUGAGUGGGCUGUGCGCAUCGUCAUUGCCAGCGCUGAACCGGACACGGGUGCUCACGAGUUGGGAGGGACGCAGGUCGACACGCCACCAGCGGACGAAGCGAUCAAGGCCGAGUUCUGCAAAGGCGUUGGCGACGCCCGCAUCGAAGAGGCGACGCAGCGCCUGCUCGACGCCAAGCUCAUCCGAUCCAUCACGGUCGAUCCUGGAGUUCGUCGCAAGCCAGGCACCAACUUCGUCUUUACCGAGGAGCUCCAAAAGCUUUUGCCCGACCCGAGCACGGCGAAUCGGCUCGCGGCAGCAGAUCUCCAAGCCAUUCUGGCGCAUCGCAGAGAGGCCUUCGAGCAGAUCCGCGACGUGGAAGCGGGGGUCACCGUGGAGCCUGUGGAAGCAGAUGGCGAGGCGGCGGCGCUGCUGCCACUGAUGCAAGCCGGCCUGAUCAGCGCGGAGGCUGAUGAAGGUGCUUUCGAGGCGCUGCGACAGAACGCUGCUUUCAAUGCGCGGGUGCUGAACGAUGACGACUUGGAGGCCAUGAUCACGGUGAAGGGGCAGGGUGGGAUGAUGGACUUGCUCGAUGCGGGGGUGGUGCCUUUGCCGGACGUACCGGUCGAUCAGGUGCUCGAGUGGCUUACGAUUGCAGGUAGUGGGAGUGGUGCAAAGGCGGAUUCGCUUGACGCUCUGCUACCGAUGUGGCAGCAGCGGUACAAUGAGCUGGUCAAACAGGUCUCGGCGACAGACUCAGACGCAGGUCGGCGAAUGCAAGAUUUCGGCUCGCGGUUGAUGCUCUCCGGCUCGCAGGGAACUGUAGUCGACGCUGGGCUCACGCACGGCGAUGUCCUCGCGCUCACACAUGGGCCUCUACCGCUAGCGUUCUUUUCGCCACUCAGCGCUCGCCCCGUGCUCGUCGCAUCGGCCUUCGUGCGCGCCUACACGCUCAGCAUCCCACCGUCCGGUCGCCUCACGCUGCCGCACAUAUGGACGUCUCUCACCGCGCCCUCGAGCGUGUCUGUGUGGAGGGCGCUGCUGGACACGGUGGUUGCGCUGACGCUCUCGCGGCCCGGGGUGAGCGUGCGGUGGAUGGCGUCGAGGUUCAGUGCGAACGGUGAGGCAGGAGAGCGAGUGCCGGCGGUGGGCACGAGCUUUGCCGAUGUGUGGGCGGCCGUGGGGUGCCUGGUCCAGUCGGGCGUGCUACUGCUCCGCGUCGGCGAGGCGGCCGGAUUGCAGGCGUGCACGCUGCAUCCGGGCAGCCGCUCCGUGUGGGCUGGGUUCCGCAGCUGA